AGAGUAGUAGCGGCUGUUGCCUAACUAAAUCAUCUUAAUUAACCCCAUGUAUCUAUCGGCGGCGAGGCGGCUGUUGCCAGCGGCGAUCUGCCGGCGCACUCCUCGAUUAGGCUCUCCUACUCCUUUCUCUGCCCCAAUCGCACACCGGGCGGCAUUUUCAGCGGGCACCGCCGAGAACGCUCAAAAUCACAAGACUGAAUAUGCCGCUGCUUUCAAUUCGCCGUCGUCGUCAGAUGAAGGGCGGAACCCUAGAGCCACCGCCAUCCCCAGAGCUCACUGGCAAGAAGAGCAGGCGCGAGUUCUUCAUGCCUCGCUCGGCCACGUUAUUAGAUUAGGAUGGACUGAUGCUGCAAUGGUUGCUGGAGCGAAGGAGGUUGGUCUCUCUCCUUCUAUUGUAGGAUCAUUUCCUCGAAAGGAAGCUGCUCUCGUCGAGUUUUUCAUGGAUGAUUCUCUGCAAAAGUUAAUUGAUAUUAUUGACACAAAAGAGGAUUUGAAGAACUUGAUCCCGAGCCACCGUGUAUCCAAGCUUGUCAGAAUUCGCUUAGAGAUGCAGGCACCUUAUAUCUCAAAGUGGCCUCAGGCACUUAGCAUACAGGCACAACCUUCGAAUAUUUCAACAAGUUUUAAGCAAAGAGCAAUGCUUGUUGAUGAAAUUUGGCAUGCUGCUGGUGAUGAGGCCACUGAUACUGAUUGGUAUGUGAAGCGCACAGUCCUUGGUGGAAUAUAUUCGACAACUGAACUAUACAUGCUGACAGAUAAUUCCCCAGAUUUUCAGGACACAUGGGAUUUCUUGGAUGAACGAGUUAGAGAUGCAUUUGAUCUGAAAAAGACACUUCAAGAGGUAAAAUAUUUGGCAGAAGCAGUGGGGGCUGGGAUGGGAGGUCCUGCGCAAGGUUUUGUGAAGAAAAUCCUUCAGGGUUGACUGUUUAGAAGGGUGGUAGGAAUAAUUUGACUGCUUUUAAUUUUGCUUCCUCUUCUAGUAUUUUAUAUACUACCAACUUUCUCUUCAAUUGAAGGAAAUAUAUGGUAUGUAUCUUCAAUAAGAAUGCUAGCAUUUAGUGUAGUUUGAUUGUGUAGCUUGUGGAUGUAACAUAGCAGAAAGACAACGGGUGAAAGUAAAACUCAUAUAUAUCGUA